UCUGCUAGUCUCACGUCACAUUGAACGCGCGCGAGGAAGAGGUGCUCCGGAAAAUGACGUCCCAAGUGGAUAGUUGUUACAUCUACAGCGAGGAUAAGAAGUACUCGUCCGUCUAUCUGCCCGACAAGGAGGAGGUGUUCGUUGGCAGGAGCGCCGACACGAAGAUCGAAGAUCUCCAGUGUUCCCGGCAACAUGUUAGUCUGUAUGCCAGCUACAAAGAUAGAAAAGUUUUUGUCGAACAAGUGGGGAAACGUCCUUGUUGUCUGAGUGGCUUUAAAACAGAAAGGGGAGUCCGAAUGAUUGCUCAGCAUGGGGAUCGUUUGGAAAUUCUCUAUGGCAAAUACCCAUACAGAAUAGAAUUUAAUCCCCCAACCAAGAUCAAAACAAAGAGUGAAAAGCCCAAGUUGACAAAAAGAUUGCUUUCGCAAGAGUCUGAUGAAGAAGAGGAUGACAGCAAAACUGGCAACAAUUUAAAGAAAGCCAAGGUGAUGGCAACGAAUGAUGAGGAAAAUUUGUGCAUGGCUAGUACUAGCUCUGCGGAUAGUAAUACCAAGUCUGGGAACUCAACAAAAGAAGGUAUCUGGGAAACUUUUGGUAACAACACACUUUACGUUUACACAAGCUCAGGAUGUGAAGGACGCUCAAAAAUAGCAGCUUACGAUAUGGAUAAGACUUUGAUUAAAACGAUAUCUGGUCUGGAAUUUCCCAAAGAUUCCAAUGAUUGGCAGCUGCUUUAUCCUGAAGUCCCGGGUAAAUUAAAGAAAUUCUACACAGAAGGGUACAAAAUUGUAAUUUUAUCCAAUCAAAAUGGUCUGGGAACUGGAAAAGUUACACUCAAAGAUUUCAAAAUCAAGAUUGAAAGAAUCGUCAAAAAAAUUGGUGUUCCCAUGCAGGUUUUUCUUGCUGUUGGACAGAGUAUUUACAGAAAGCCACGUGUUGGAAUGUGGACCCACUUGGUUAAUGAGAAAAAUGAUGGUGUACCUGUCGAGAAAGAAAAUUCAUUUUAUGUAGGUGAUGCUGCAGGCAGACCAGCUGAUUCAUCGAGAAAAAAAAAAGAUCAUUCCUUGGUUGAUAGGCUAAUGGCACUAAAUUUAAAUUUAACUUUUUCCACUCCUGAGGAACACUUUUUAGGGCACAAAAAAGCACCUUUCAAUUCUCCAUCCUUUCAUCCAAAAGAAGCGAGUAAAAAUACCGUUCUCCAUGAACCUCCAAAUACAAAAAUCAUGUCAGAUAUGCAAGAGCUGGUAAUUAUGGUUGGAUGUCAAGGCUCUGGUAAAUCACACUUUGCAAGAACGCAUUUGAAAAAUUACUGCUAUGUGAAUAGAGAUUCACUUGGCAGUUGGCAAAAGUGUAUAGCAAAAACUGAAGAAUUCCUAGAAGAUGGAAAGAGCGUUGUAGUUGAUAACACGAAUCCUGAUAAAACUUCAAGACAAAGAUACAUCGAAGUAGCAAAAAAACGAAACAUUCCAGUUAGAUGCUUUAUGAUGAAUUUAAAUAAAGAACACAUAAAACACAACAACAUGUUUCGAAUAUUAACCGAUCCUACUCAUCAAGUGAUAAGCGACAUGCUCAUCAACAGUUUCAUCGACCCAAAGUUCGAGCUGGCUCGCCGUUGCAUUAGAUUCAUGCAGUUGCUGAUUUUGUUGUGCCUUCGCAUCUACAUAAGCUUGUCCAUCCGUUUUCCCAACAUUGUUCCGACAUCUUACAGAAAAAAUUUCAUACCACCGAGCCAGGACGAAGGCUUCUCCGAGAUCGUCAAAAUCAACUUUGUACCGGCCUUCACGUCGGAAGAAGACAGGAGGCUCUACGAGAUGUACCUGCUGGGCUGAGUCUCUUUUGUUUCCUAUCAAAGAACAGAUGACGACGGCGAUGAAAGAAAGACUGAGCCAGUUAAAAAUAAGCCUGAUGCUGCUGCCGCUGCUUGAAAAAGAUUUGCUUCUCGCUUGCGAAAGCAGCAAUUGAUUCCAAAAUGCAUC